GUUUGGAGGGGCGGGCGGGCAGGCGCCUGCGGUGUGCUCUGCGCGUGGCCUGCGGCAGGUCCAGCUUUGCGCGUGCGUGGAGGGCGCCUGGAGGCUCAGGGAGUCUCCGCAGUGGCCGCCGCCUGCCAGGCACAUCUCGUGCAGCGCUCAGAGCCCAUUUGGUAAAGGAGGCGGGUACAGAGGCUAAGGGACGCGCCCAAGGUCACCCAAGCCCAGGAAUCGAGGGAGGGUGGAAGCCAAGCGGUUAGUCCUCGGAGGCCCCUCAGCAGCAGCUGAGCAGGUGAGGGGUCCUCAGACCCCCGCCGACACCCCUCCAGGAGCCCCUGUAGAAAGGCUCGGCCGCCGGAGUUGUCGGGAACCCGGAUGUGAAGCGGGGGGCUCAUUGCAAACAGAUACACGUGCUCAGGAACCCAGGCAGCUGUGCACGCGGAGUGAUCUCAGGCGGCUCCGAUGCUGAAACACAGGUGAGUGCUGCCCUGUCUGUAGCUGCGGGGCCGGGGCCAGGGAGGGAGGAGGCAGAACGAGGCACUCGCCUGAAGGACAGCAGUGACAGGCUGGACUUCUGAUGACACCUAAGCUUGGAGCUUCUGCCUUUAGAGGUGAGAUGGUUCUGAGCUCAGCGGAGCACUGGGUGGCCAUUUGGGACAGCUUGGUCCCCCAGGUGGAGACCCAUUUCCCCAGUGAUGGGAGGUGACCCAGGAGGCCAAGGCACCUUCCGGCUCCUGACAUGUUUGCCCUCUUCCAGGAGCAUCAGGCCUGUGCUGCUGCUGCUGGCUCAGCUGCCCAGGGCUCAGCACGGGCUCUCUCAGCUCAAGGCCUCCUCCCUCCUGAAGACUCCUGGAGGCGAGGCCCUCCAUGUGAGGUGCCGGCUCUUGUCAAGGCAGGGCCCUGCAGAGACAGGCAGGCAGGGCCAGCCCCGGGGCCCUGGGCUGCGAACUAGGCUGCUGAUCACAGCCUUAUUUGGGGUGGGGCUGGGUGGGGCCUGGCUGGCCAUGAGGGCUGAGAAGGAGCGGCAGCAGCAGCAGCGGCGGACAGAGGCCCUGCGCCAGGCCUCCGUGGGCCAGGGAGACUUUAGCCUGCUGGACCACCAGGGCCAGGCUCGCUGCAAAGCCGACUUCCGAGGCCAGUGGGUGCUGUUGUACUUUGGCUUCACUCACUGUCCCGACAUCUGCCCUGACGAACUGGAGAAGCUGGUGCAGGUGGUGCGGCAGCUGGAGGCCCAGCCCGGCCUGCCCCUGGUGCAGCCCAUCUUCAUCACUGUGGACCCCGCGCGGGACGAUGUUGCUGCCAUGGCCCGCUACGUGCAGGACUUCCAUCCGCGGCUACUGGGCCUGACCGGCUCGGCUGAGCAGGUUGCCCAGGUCAGCCGCAGCUACCGUGUGUACUACAGUGCCGGCCCUAAGGACGCGGACCAGGACUACAUUGUGGACCACUCCAUCGCCAUCUACCUGCUCAACCCCGACGGCCUCUUCACAGACUACUAUGGCCGGGCCAGGUCGGCCGAGCAGAUUGCAGACAGUGUGCAGCGCCACAUGGCUGCCUUCCGCAGCGUCCUGCACUGACCUGGGUCAUUAAAGGGUGUGGUGGAGCUGCGUGUGUGUCUGAGCCAUACCAGCUGCCCUGGGAGGCCACGGACGAGAGGAGCCCAGCACCUGGCUGUGGGCUGGAUGCUGGAGAUGGGCAGCUAUCUUCUCUACACAGGAGCCUUUUAAAGGGAUGGGUGGAGUGGCAACACCACUUUAUUAGGCUGGGCCAGCCAGGAAGCAGGUGUGAAGUGAGCAGAUGUGUGCCCAACAUCAUGGGGAACAGGGCUGCCCACUCAGGGCUGAGCCAUGGAGGGGGCGGUGUAGGUCUGGAAGCGCUUGUGGGCCCGCUGGUGCGUGAGCAGUCUUAGGGUCAUGGUGUCCACAGCCGCCUCCAGCCCUGGCUGCUGGGUGAUCUCUACCGUGUGGUCAUUGGCCUGUAAGGACAGGGUGUCAGCAGAGCCAGGGACCACUCCCCUCCCAGGCCCAGGGCCACUCACCAGUUGCAGAGAGGCCAGCAUGGCGCGGCACACCUCGAAGGCAGGCUGGCCCGCCACCAGCUUCGCAAAGGGACACCACUGGUUGAGCUGACUGAACCUUGAGACCAUCUGGUCCCCAUACAGGUGGAUGUCAAAGGGCACGUGCUGCUCCUGCAAGAGGGAAGAGCAAGGUCCUGGUCAAACCCUGCAAGCAUCGGGCUCCAUGCCCGAGCAGAAGCCGGCCCAGCCCUCUUACCUGCUCCUGGAGCAGGGGCUGGAUGCUGUCCUCCCAGUCCCUGACACGCUGGCUCAGCUCCGUCUCCUGAACGAACUUCUGAGACGUGGUGAUGAAGAGCUCCUAGGAGAGGACGGGAGCUGCUGCCUCUGUCAGAGCCAUCACCCGGCUCCCCCCCCCUCCAACCAGGGCCUACCACGUUCCUCCGGACCAGCUCCUCGUAGCUCAGGGAUGCCGGCAUGGCCUCUGCUUCUGGAAAGGAGGGCAGUGGAGGUGUGGGCCACACCCUCCCUCCCUUCACCCUUGAGGAGCACCCUCAUGAGGGCCUGGCCAGCAGCCCACUCCUAGACCUACCCAGGUCUGCAGCGUCCUCAGGCUUUGCCCCGUCAGGCUCUGCGUACUCUUCAGGCUCUAAAAAGUCAUCUGCUGGGAGGUGGGGUGGAACCAGCAGGAGGCAGGUCAGCAGGCAGCCUGUCCUGAGCCCUCUUCCUCCCGCCACCCUGUGAGCACCCACCUGCUGCCCCCAGCUCCUCCAGGGAGUCCUCCAGGCGGUCCUCCUCCAGAGGCCACAACCCCUCCUCGGCCCUCGGCAGCCACCGCUUAGCUGCCUGUGCAGAGAAUCUGUGAGCCACUGCUGUCUCCCACCACCCGGGGCUGUGAGGCCAGUGGCCAGUACUUGCCUCCCUCCUCUGCAGUUUCCGGAGGGUCUCCAGCUGCUCCCUCACGUGUUUCCAGUACAGAACCUCCAUGUCUACACAUAAAAGCCUCGUGAGGGGGUGCCCGCAUCUUGCCUAGACCACCCUGGUCCACCUAGGGCCUUGGGCAUCCCCAGGCGGAGGGGAGGAGGGCAGAGCAUGGUGCCAUUAUCCCUCAGAGGAGCACACAGGGCCCCAGUCACACCUGCAAAGGACGGGCCCUUUUUCCGGAGCCUCCUGCUAUCAGCAUGGUCAGCAUCUACAAGAGAACUGGGUUGUCAGGAGCCAGACCAAGUCCCCUCCUGCCCUGGCCUGGCCCAGUCCCACACACCCACUCACAGGUGGCCAGGUACCACUGGUGGAAGUCCUGCAGCUUGGCGGCCCCCUUCCUCUUGCGCUUCUGUCCCGGAACUUCCUCCACGCAGGCGGGCACGGAGUAGGGUUUACCUGGGGGGCAAAUGGACUGUGUCUCAGGCACCACUGCAGGCCCCGGGGAAGAUCACCAACACCCCUGAGAGCCAUCACACGAGGGAGCACAGCCCCACCAGGCUCUCCGUGGGUACAGGGCACGCCCCACCCACCACCUGUACCCCCAUGAACCCAGCCACAGACAGUGGGUACAGCUGUCCCUCCACCCAAUUACCUUUCUUGAAGGGCUUAGAGUCCAGGGAGCUGAAGGGGUCCAGGCUCUGCCAGGGGUCUGGGGUCUCCUAAGCACGGAGAAUAAGUAGACUCAGGGAGAGUGGGGGACACACACCCUUCCCCCAAGGCCAGCACUGAGGGCAAUGACGGCCAGGGGACACUGGCCACGCGGAAUCCAGGAUCCAAGGGUGGAAGGGCCUCAGUCAGGUGGGAGUGAAGACGUGGGUGGUGGGGCCUCAGGCACACACCCUCCCUGGGCUCUGGUCGGGGCCCCACCAUCUCACCUUCAGCUGGGACACAGGCUCCAGGGCCUCCCGCCUCUCCCUCAGCUCAAACCUCCUGGGCUGGGCAGUGCUCUGCAAAGAAAUGGCCUCAGGGAUGUCCCCUCCUGUGCUCUGGGGACAAAUACUCUCCAGGAACCAGAGUAUUUGAGCAGGAAUUUCAAAUAGUUCAAGGGCUAAAAGUAACACUGCUAGGAAAACUCCAGAGAACACAAACUAGUGAGCUAGUGGUCACGAGGAAAAACAAAACAGAAUAACAUGGUAAUAUCCACGGAGCUACCAGCCAAAAUGAACACUAACAUGCUUCCUGUGUGAAGUUCGCGUUGUAAAGAAAAAAGGACGUCUUCGCUCUAGGGCCGGAGCACAGAGCCCACCCUUCGGGGCUGAGGGGACGGCAAAGGCCUCCAAGGUCCCCCUUCCUGCCAGCCUGCCCUCGGGAGGCAGCUCCAGAGACCAGCUGCCAUCUGUGGCUACAGGGGCACCACAGGCUCAGCCAGCCCUGAGGAGCAGCAGCUGCUCUGCAGGGUGAGGCAAGGGGAAGGAAGCUGCUGCCCAAGAGCUGGCUUAGGACACGUGGGGCUGCCCAAACCCAGGGCUUGCCCGAUGGACGACUCAGGCUUUGCAGGCCUCAGUGUGUGCCCCACCUGCUGUGGGCUCCUGGACUCCUGGGGCUCCAGGGGGACCUCAGGGAGCUCUGCCACCCCCUCUGCAUCCUCAUCCUCAUCCCCACCUGCGGGCAUCGGGCCUUCUGGAGACGUGCCUGGGCAGAGGAGCAAGAGACCCGUCAACCCCGAGGAGCCCGCAGCCCAGACAGCAGGUGAGGGCUGCCCUCUGGGCCGGAGCGGCCCUCCCCCGUCUCAGCUUCUUCAUUCAUUAGACCCAGAGACUGGAGCACGGCGUCUCACACUCUCGACGUGCUGCUGUGCCGUUGGUUUCAUUCUACUUCUGAGCUACUUUCCUCUCAAACGUUGCCUCUGUGCCUGCCCAGAGGAAUGGGCAAACAGGGCAGUGGGCUGAGUGGGGAACGAGGCCUGGGCACAAGGGCAGCUCCAAGGUCUCAUGGCUCCCAUGCCUCCCCAGCACAGGCAUAGAGGGGUGAGCAGGCUGGGUCCGUUGAGCACAGAGUCCUGUCCCCACCCCCACUAGUCGGUCCACCAGGAUGACCUCUUCUCACCUGACUCCUGGGAGAUGCCGGGCACAGGGACCGGACUCCUGAUCAUAGAGACUUCCAUUGGCUGCUCCUCAGUGCAUCCAGCUGAGAGAGAUGGCGUGAGACAGGUCAGCCCAGCCCCCGCCUCCCCCCAACUCUCCCAGGGACUCAAGAGCCAGGGCUGGGGAGGGAGAGCAGGGCCCUGCACUGAGCAGCUGUGGGCAGACGGGGGAGCAGAGGGACCAGCUCCAGCCGGCCGGCCUGUGGGGCAGGUGACUGGGGAGGGAGGAUGCCCAGUAAGGAGCCCCAGACCCACACCUAGGCCCACACCCGCGCCCUCACCCGUCCUGGGCAGCAGAGUCUCCCUGGGGGAUAAGCCCACUGGCUCCAACAUGAAGGCUCCUCGGGGGUGAGGGGUGCACGUGUUCAUCCUAAAAUCCUUCCGACUGGCCAGGACCUCCCCCUGACAGCUGUGCUGGCAAAAACACCGCCUCUGCAGAGACCAUCCCCAGCAGCCGCCCUCCCCCACCAGGCCCAGGCCCGGCCCGAACCUGUACAAGGGGUGGCUGUUCUUGUCCAUCUCAUCCAGGGCUACCAGGGCCAUGGGCAGGAGGGGGACGAUGGCGACCUCCUGCACAGGGGCCGAGAGGGGGUGAGCGUGGGAACGAGAAGGGAUGCUCACUGUACAAGCAGCCCAUCAGCUACGCUCACCCCACCUACGGGGAGGGCACUCACACAGGGGGCCUGCUCAUUCCUCAGGUCCACAUUAGCACGGGUGUCGGGCAGGUCGUCCAGCGACAGGAACUGUGAGGAGACAGUGAGCUCAGCAGCAGCACCCAGCAGGCACCCAGCGGGCAGCAGCCAGGCACCCAGGAAACCUCACCUCAUCCUCCACCCGCUGGGAGGCCCUGGAGCUGGCGUCCCUGCUGGCCCCGUCUUCCUGCGCCGCGAGCUGCCGGGCCCUCCUGGGAGAAUCAACACAUGGGAGUUUGGAGGCUGCAGGGGCUUCCCAGCCACACGCAGGGCACACGGGCCUCCACCUCCUGGCUCGCGCCUCCAGGACUCACCUCUUGCCAGAGAUGAAAUCGAGGGCCUGGUAGACCAGCGAGUAGAGGUAUUCAACCUGGAGGCCGGAAGCAGGAGGUGAGGACGCAGACAGGAGCCCACCCACAUACCCAGGGCAGACAUCGUGCACAGAGAAGCCGGCUAUCCCCUCCCAAACCUCCGGCACAAGUCCUGCCAGUGUGGCCAUCAAGAGCACUUCUCCAGUUGAACAGAACUGCUCUGACAGCCUCAUGAGCCCCCUCCCCCUCUCAAGGCUGUGCAUCCCGCCAUGCGCCUCUGUGCACACCGGCCUGCGGGCGGUCCAUUCCCUCCGUGGCCUCAGCCCACCUCCCACCUCCCGGCUCCACGAGUCUCUGGCACCUGACACCACUCCAGCCACAACCCAGGGGGCCCCACCCUUAGGGUGAGGGUGGAGAUUUGGAGAUGCUGACCACAACGCACCACCAGGGGGCGCGCAUGCUGCCUCUGGGCCACUUCCUCUGGGCCGGUGAUCGGCAAACUGCAGCGCUGCUCGCGAGCCACAUGCGGCUCUUUGGCCCCUUGAGUGUGGCUCUUCCACAAAAUACCACGUGUGGGCGCAUGUGCGACUGAAACUUCGUGGCCCAUGCGCAGAAGUCGGUUUUCAGCCUGGGCGAGUAUAUUUUGAAGUGCUGUUGAUAUUUGGCUCUGUUGACUAAUGAUUUGCUGGCCACUACUCUGGGCGAACCCUCUGCUGGGGGGCCUUUUCUCUCAUGCACUGGACACUGACACCGUCGUGAGCAAGAGACCCCAUUUAUUAGGAAUAAUAAACAUUAACUUUCCUAAGUGUGUGCCACACACACAGAA